GUUUCUGAAAAAGAAGAAACAGCCUGGUUUGCAGCUUUCGUCAUCGAGUUUGUUGUCAUCUUUAUACUGAAUGCUUUCACUCUUGCCAUCUACACAAGAAACCGUCACUUACGCAAGCCCAGUACGUACCUGAUAAUAAAUCUGACUGUGGCUGAUUUACUGGUGGGAACAGUGACCGGAUCUUCGAUGUCAUUCGAACUACAUAACCAGGAGACGGAUCUGGGUCUGGAACAAGAUUUUAGCUGGCAAUCAUCCGUGCAAUUCACAUUACAGGAGCUUUGUUUAGUUGCUUCUUUUGCUAAUAUUUCAUUGAUUUCUUUAGAGAGGUUACACGCAACACUUUUUCCCUUUAGGCAUUGUCUUGUUGGAAAAAGGGUUUACCUAAUCAUUAUUUUGUGUAGUUGGUUGUUCUCCUUGAUUUUGUCAUCCGUGUUUGUUCUUCUUUAUUUGUACGCAUCGCCGGCUUUACUGUAUGUCUAUGCAUCUUACUCUUUUCUCAUCAUUUUCAUUCUCACAGUUUCAUAUGCUAUAAUCAUCUCAACUGUCAAAAACAAUCCUUCGUCCCCUAAUGCUCAACCAGUUCCUUCAACAGAGAGGAAACUAACGGUGACUUUAUUUAUAGUUACUGUGGCUUCUUUUCUGACCAUUCUUCCUUGGGUUAUUUGGAAUGUUAUCGGCCAACACAUAGCGGGGAGUAAAUCAUGUCCUGCAGUACUUUCCCACAUCCAUUACUCGUUUGACUUACUCUUUCUUUUCAAUUCUAUAGUAAAUCCCCUAAUAUAUGCAGUAAGAAUGCAAGAGUUUAGGAAGGCAGCAAGGAAACUUUUUUACUAA